AUGCGAUCGUUACCGAACAUCAUCGUGGCGGGCACGCCAGGGGUCGGCAAGACGACGACGUGCGCGCAACUCCUAAGCCUGGCGGCGCAGGCCAGUCCACGGGUUGAGCUCCGGCACCUGUCGAUCAACGAGAUUGUGAAAGAGCGAGAAUGCCACAGCGGGUACGACGAGGAACUGCAGACGUUGAUGGUGGACGACGACAAACUCAUGGACGAGGUGGAGAAGGAAAUCGCCGACGGCGACGGCGCCGGCGGAUGGAUCAUCGACUGGCAUUCGACCGCGGGGUUUGCGGUGCGCUGGGUCGAUCUGGUGGUGGUGCUCCGGUGCGACGAGACCAGUGUGCUCUACGACCGACUCUCGUCGCGCGGCUACAAGGACGAAAAGAUCCAGGAGAACAUGGACGCCGAGAUCUUCGGCGUCGUCAGCGAAGAGGCCAGAGACGGCUGGGGCGAGCCCGAAGACGGGAGAGUCGUCGAGCUGAAGAGCGUCGAGCCCGACGACAUUGAAGAAAACGCCGAGCGCAUCCUGCAGUGGGUGAGGAACUGGAUCCAAGACCACGGACCGAAGACGAACGGGAACGGGAACGGAGAUUGA